AUGAAUACCAUGGGUGCUACUUCGCCGCAACGAGAUGAACUGCGCGCUAAAUACCAGGCUGCUGCGGAAAGUAUACUGCAACGGUUAUCCCUCCAGUUCACUAUAAAAGCUUUCAAUUCACUCGAUCUCUUCGAUCUCGGAGUUGAUCUAUUGCUAUUCAACCCAUUCGAUGAAGACUUUCUGGCGUCCAAAAAAUGUCUGUUUCGGCCUCUUCCUCAAGGCUUCCUUGCAGAUUACUUCGUCGACUCUUCGAAGGUGCUGGAUGGGGCCUGUAAGCGAUUGCAGUUUCCGGAUUAUUGGCCACCUUCAGACCCUACCCGUUUGGUUCCAGUCGAUCCCACACGCGAGGUCUACUCGUACCUCAAGAUCCAUUACAGGUGCAUGGAAAGGAAGAGACCUAAAGGCCACCUGAAGGAUCUGUCCAAGUGGGACUCUAUUGGGUCUGUCACCAACCCUUUCCCUAAACUGCCCGUCGUUGAUGCGGACUAUUCCUACGAGCGGCCAUAUCCUUCCCCGCUUCCAUUCUGGGACUACCUACUGGUAAUGCAGCCAUCUACCGAAAAAGGCGACACGGUCACCGCUAUGCCCCCUAUUCAACUCAUCAUUUCCAACAAUACCACUGCGGAGGAGAACGAGCUUCUGCACGGCGAGCUCGGUCCGAUAGUCCAGGCCGUUCACACUCGCCUCAACCAGCCCGGGUUUGAGAAAACAUCCUUCUUCCCAGUCCAGGUUCUCUCGCUGUUCGAGCCCCGCCAUGGUCGUAUCCUCCAGGCUCGUUUCCAACCUUCUGGUCGGUUGGUCGUGCGGGCCUCAAACAUAUGGAGCUUUGAAGACAAGAGGAAUGUUAUUGACCUGUUUCUGCGUUUUUGGGUGUCCGAGCCUUGUGACGCGGAGGACUACGAGUUCUCCGUCGAUGAGGACUCGCUACGAGAUUUGUCGCAAGUCCUCAGCGUUCUUUCGCCUAGACCUGCCGUGGACUUGUUCAAGGCGGAGGAAGAUUCGAGCUCUCCAGGAAGUCUGUCGCCAUUUCUACCUGUUCCUAUACCAAGCCUCGGCAAAGAGAAUGUCCAUCCCAGGAGUGGGAAGGAGUAGGAGUUUCUGGCGAGUCUACCCUCCUCGAUCUCGUCCAUCGUCUUGGUCGGUUUCCAACACAUCAGGCGUCCACAAAUGCACAGGGUUGAAAUUAUCGAAUUUUGCUCUUUUUUGGGAUGGAAUCAUUCCAUUGUCAUCUGUGUAUCAUUUUUUGUCUUGCUUCCAAAUCAUCUUUUGAUAGAUUUUGGUCUUUGGUGGCCAAUCCCCGUCAUAAAUGUCUCCACUGGUGAUAACCAUCUAUGCAUUGUCCGUAGUGAUAUACCUAGAACUGGAAUGAAGACAGCACCAAUCCCC